CAAUUUUUGCAAGUCAGAUUCUCCUCAACGACAUUCAUUCCUUUCAGUCAUUCAUUCAAAACGUCCUUGAUGGAAGUGGUCUAUGCCAUUCACAACUUCGAGGCCGAAAACCCGGACGAAAUAGCCUUUCGAAUAGGCGAUCCCAUCACCGUGAUUGAAAAGGACGAAAAGUUCUUAGAUGGAUGGUGGCAGGGACGAAACACGAAGGGCGACAUUGGCCUCUUUCCAAUGAACUACACAUCUUAUGAAAGACCGCUUGAUAUGGAUACCGCCCCUCAUACUCCCCAACCUAUGCGAAAAGACCUCUACGCCGACGACACCGAUUUGGAGACGCAAAUCGACCACGCUAUCACCCAGAUCAAAGUGCUUCCGUCGCCUGAUAUGUUUCCUCAAACACAAUCCAGUCGCUCUACUCCCACCACAUCCUCCUCCACUAAGAAAGCUUCCCUACGAAAAAAGAAAAAGAAGUCUCGUGCAGGCUCAUUGACAAAAUCUUCGUCUGCCUCACAUCUCCCCACGCAAACCUCUAUCUUCAUGGUAGGCCGUUCAUCCCCUGCGGAAUGGAAUGUUCAGCAGGUUGGCGAGUGGCUAACCAUGGUCGGACUUGAUUCGGUGGUUCCCAAUUUUACAAGCCAAGAAAUCAGUGGAGACAUUCUGAUGGAUUUAACCAUUGAUGCGCUCAAGGAACUCGAUAUAAAUACGUACGGUAAACGAUAUAAAAUCAUGACAGCCAUUUCAGCUUUAAAAGAUGAGGUAUCACGUCAAGAAGGUGGUGGUGGAAGCAUUCACAGUCUUUCUGAUGAAGAUAGUAAAAGUUCGGCUCUAGAGGAACCAGUGGCCAAUACAGCAAAUGCAAAGUCAACGGCCGUCAACGAAACCUAUCCCGCCAAACCAUCUGCAUCAACACCUUCUUUUGCAAAAUUCAACGGCGACAUAAAUCGCUUGCCGGCGAAUAAGCUGGCUCCCGGCGGACAGUCCAUCAGCAUCCCCACCGCCCUUAAUGACUACACAUUUCAACAGCAAGGUCCUCCGCGACGAGCUCCGGCCCCUCCGUCUAUCACUCAGUCACCUGAACCCUCAAUUUCUGCAGAUUCACAACAGAGUAGAGAUGUUCGAUUUGGUGGUGGUAGUAGUAAGGGCUUUUUAAGCGACGACCCUGUGUCUGAAUAUAGCACUACUCGGUUAUCACCUUCCAACCGACCGUUGUCACCACAAAGUACCGGCACAGCUCCUUCCGUUACUCGUUCAAACACAUUCAACACGAUCUCAUCCAAGCAAUCUAUUUCCACUGUCGGUUCAAAUGGAACGAAUUUCAGUGGCGACCGCUCCACUAUGCCCUCUUUCGGAAAACACACUGUCAUUCCACGUCCCAACCCCACCAACCAUAGUAUGUCCGACCUGUGGUCAGAGUCAGUUGACAAAGGCUCAUCCGUCUUGGAAAGAACACCCUCGGAUGGACUGAAUGGAAUGCGAAACAAAUAUGAAUCCAACAAGUUUGGUCAAGCACCAAAUGGUCUUCGUGGACCUGAAAGUCAAAUCAUGCACCGCCCCUCUGUAGAUGCCCCUAGUGGUCAACGAUUCCCUCUGCCUGAACCCGGUCAAUUGCCUGAGAAGGAGGGCUGGUUACAUAAGCAAAGUGACAAAUACAAGACCUGGAAUAGGAGAUGGUUUGUGCUCAAAGGACCCAACCUAUUUUACUUCAAAAGUCCUCGAGAUGUUCGUAUGAAGGGAAUCAUCAACUUGCGCGGCUACAAAAUUUCCAUUGAUGAGGACAUCAACCCUGGCAAAUACUGCUUCAAGGCUAAGCAUGAACGGGAGAGGACGUUCUUCUUCUAUACGGAUGGAGAUGUUGAGUUGAGACAGUGGGUCAAGGCACUUAUGAAAGCGACCAUUUCUCGCGACUUUUCAGCGCCUGUCAUGUCGUCCAAUCAUGUCGCAACCGUGUCAUUGGAAGCGGCUAGAAAGAUGCGUCCUCGUCCACCGUCCAUGAUUUUGUACAAGAAGAACGAAAAUCGUAACAUCAAUGGCAGCCAGCGUGAUAAGGCUAUGCUUUCACCACCGUUGAUGGAAGAAGAAGAGAAUUUCUCGCCUGCCGAUAGCAAAAUGAGCUUGCGUCAAAAGUCGUCAAAUCAAACUCGCGAAUCAGGUAUUACUGUACAUCAUAAUAUUAUGCAUCACCACGACAGUGAGAUUCCCUCUCUACCAUCCAAUGGUGGUCAAUCAUGGUAUGAGGAACAAAGCUUGCCCAAGCAAUCGUUGUUUGAUAUCAAUAACGACGACGAAGAUUUGAUUGAUCCCCACCAUGACCGAGCUCCGUCCAUGAUGCCAAGCUCUUUUUCACGCAGCUCAUGGGCGCCUACCGACUAUGUUUCCUGGAUCAACACUCACCUUCCUCCGGGAAAACAAGUCAUAGAUCUGUCCAAUGCCUUCCGAAAUGGCGAUACUUUGAUUCAGUUGCUACAGCAGCUCAGCGGUAAAGAAGUUCGACGACCUCAACCUCAAAAGGGCGGAAGUGUCAGCAUGGCUAUGUUGGACAAUAUUGUUGCUGCCUUCAAGUUUAUGGGACGAGAAGGCGUAGUUGUGGAUGGUCGAUACACGAUUAAAGAUGUGUUUGGAGGAAAUGAAGUCAAGAUUAUGGAAAUGCUCGAUGCUAUUCGCGCUUGGUCAGAUGAAAUGGGGUACGAACAAACCAAUUCUCUCCGAAUACAACAACCUGAUAGCGGUAGAAAAUCUCCAAGAGUUGGCACUGGAGGCACUUUUGGAGGCGAGGAUGAUAAAGUGAAGGAAAGCCUUCGUAUGAUUUCUAGUGAAGAUGAAGGAGGUCUUUGAACAGAACAACGUGCAUAGAGACGUUCAGCUCUCCUUCAGCUGAUGCUCGCCAAGAAAAAAAAUAGCUCAAACCCAUCCCCGGUGCUUUAUGUGGGCAAAAACUCGACGUGGAUUUCUAGAUGCAAGCACCCCCCACUCCAUUCAUUCGCAAAAUUACGCAAGAUAGAUACAGCAAGCUCACCCGAAAAAAAAAUCUGUUUUUACCAAAGUCUUCUCAGAGCUCUAAAGCUCCCAUUCUGUCCCUUCAAUUCUUCCUUCACCUUU